GAAAAGUUCGACCGAAGAUGCGCUCAUCUUUUGUUGAAAUUGCGGUGGUAGGGGCAGUUCACGGAUUUGAUAGUUUAUAUAUAGAUGAUGAUGACGAUGACGAUUAUAAUAUCCUUUAAUAUUUAUUCGGAAACUAGCUAGAUCCUUGCAGUUUAGUGUUGUGAUUGAGACAGAUAAGGAAAAAUGAGGACAGCACUGUGUUUGAUACCGUUUCUACUCGCCCUCCAAACCUCCCUAUCGGAGGACGUCAGGCUCCUGGACUUGGAGCCCCCGGACGCGCAGCAGGUCAUAGAAAAGCAGGACCAGUCGCUGCACUACGCCCCCAAAGUGGACUCCAACGUCCCCGCCGUGAGGUACUUGGGCAGCGAGCCGCACGACGUCCAGGAGGACAUUUACCAGGCGCGCCAGUACCACGGCCAAGACGGCCUCGGGGGCUACCUCUACGGGUACAACAUCCCCGACAUCGCCAAGACCGAGAAGAAAAUCGCCGGCGGCGAUUUGAGAGGGGCCUACAAUUACAUAGCGCAGGAUGGACAGGAAAUCAAAGUUGAAUAUUGGGAUGAUGGAACAGGUUUCCACCAAGUCGAUAACGUCGAUAAAAUCCUUCCUAAACAAGUAGAAGAUUCACCAGACGUUAAAGCAGCGAAAGAAGCCUUCUUCGCCAGAUGGCACGAGGAAGCCGAACGAAACAAGCACCCCGUCAGCGCUAAUCAAGGACCUCAACAAUCCGGCGGGUACCAACAAACCGGUUACAACCAACCUUCAGGCCAAUACAGCCAACAAGGAACCACCUACCAGCGACAACCUAAUCAAUAUCAACAACCUGGACAAUCGGGAUACUACCAACAAGGAAGUCAAAAUCAGUUCCAACAACAGCGACCGAACCAAUAUCAACAAGGACAAUCCCAACAAACAGGGCAAUACCAACCGACAGGACAGUACCAACAACAAUCAGGACAGUAUCAUCAACAACAACAACCAGGACAGUAUCAACAAUCAUCAGGACAGUAUAAUCAACAAUCUGGCCAGCAUCAUCAACAACCAUCAGGACAGUAUAAUCAACAAUCUGGCCAGUAUAAUCAACAACCAUCAGGACAGUAUAAUCAACAAUCUGGACAGUAUCAUCAACAGCAACAACAACAACCAGGGCAGUACCAUCAACAGCAACCUUCCGGACAAAAUGCGAACGUGGGACACGGACAAUCCGAAAAUCAAAUCGAUUUUGCUGGUCAAUACAGUGAAAACCAAAAUGUGUAUUCCAAACCAGGCUUCGACACCAGUAAGCCCGAUCAAUACGGAUCGCAAACGCAAACUUCCAGUAGUGGAUACAGCCAAUCGGCGAGGCAGUAUCAACAGGGCGGGCAGUACCAACAACAUUCGAAUCAGGCGCAAAGUUCCGGCGAAUACGAUGAGAAACAGGACGAGGAAAACGGUCCGCCUAAAGGAUUUUUCUACAGCUACGAUUACCCGGUGGGGAAAAUCGUUCAGGUGGGCGGAAUCGCGCGAGUCGGCGAUUUGAAAAGCGCCUACGACCAGAACAAGUCUAACUACGAGUCGCAAUUGCAUAGCGGAAAAGCCUCGUACUCGGGCAGUCAAAGCAGCUAUUCGUACAACCAUUAAUAACGUUGAUUUAAAAAAUUUAAUUUAUUACUCAACUGUAAUCGAUAACAUACAUUUUACUCGUUGACAUCUCCUAAAUAAUCCAA